AUGAUGAAUGACAUGUCCAUACCCAAAGCAUCAAGCAGUGCUCGAAGCAAUGCGACACCAUCCGCUCAGGAGUUGCGGCAAAAGCUGCUUGCGCAAAUUUUUGAAUACAACACUGAUGCAAACACACCAUCGGAGCUAAGAAUACACGUUACUGGUCUUACUCUAGAGGAAGGUGCAAUAUUUGAGCGUGAUUCCAGUCCCGUCAUAGAAAAGCCAGGGACUCAGACUCCUACCAACGCACCACGAGAGGGCUCGUCUUCGUUACGCAACGCUGCUCUUGAUAUAAAAAGCUUUCCUCUCAAAGACUCAGAAACGUCAUUGAACCGCGAAGCAUCAAAAUCCAGAGAACUUACACAUUGGCGAGACGCGAAGAUCAAGUUGCGAGAUCUUCAACGUGAAAAAGAAACCUUGAAAAUGGAAGGUCGUCGUCGAGCUGCAAAAGAGCAAAUCGAUGCUCGAUGGCAAGAUCGAGCUUUGAAAGAUUUUAGAGAAAACAAAGCAGAGAUCAAGAACGACAUUAUGCCUGGUGCUGAUGGUAAUGAUAAAGUAGUUAUCACCGAUGUGCAAUAUCCGAAGAAUAGAUCGAGGACUGGAGGGGUUUUAUCCGGAAACGCAAUUGAUGAGAGGAAUGAGCGUAAUAUUCGGCAUGAUGAAGAUUCUCUUCGACAGUCGCUUAUUGAUAUCAUAAACGGUGAAAGCGGGAGACAGAAUGGAAAAACUAAAUCAGGGAGAAGGAGAUCUCCAAAGGCACCUACAGGAACAAGACAACUAGCUGAAUCUAGAAGAAAAUUAAACAGGGAAUGGGUGGAAAGCGAAGGCCAUCGAAGAGCAAUAAGGCAAGAUGACGAAAGUACGCGGAAGAAUCUUCUAAAGAGUGUCAAUCGAGCUAUCGCGACUGCUGAAAGGAUGGUGCUGAAGGGUGCAGAACAGCUCAUGGACUUUGUGAAUAAAGAUCGGGCUGAGGAAAACACGACAGAAGUGGUGUCUAACAGUGAGAAUAAAGAUUCGCGACUUCGAGAUGAGAGUCCUCUAGCAUAUGCCAGACUAGGAUAUUCAUCACCACUUUCGGCAAGAAAUGAACCAGAAUCUAGGAGCCGUGGUGGAAAUGGAUAUGCACAUGGGCCCAUAGUGGAUAUUCCACCGCAGGCUUUCCGAUCGACACAAGGAGAAAAGGACCGACCUUUUGUCUAUCGGCCACGAGAACAUAUCCAAAUACCUCCGAUGUCUCCCUUAGUCCCAAAAGUGACACAACCUCGGCAAAGGCCGAACCCAAAGCUCGAACAUCUACCCGUUGUUUUCCCCGUGCCAGCCAUUCGAGAUUCUCGUCUACUGCUAAGCGAAAGUCCAGCUCAAUGGAAAAUUCGUACGCAACGCGAAGCAGCCCACGCCAAGUUUGAAAGGGAAAAAUCAAAAUAUCAAGGAGAAGUCGAAACUGCAAAUAAGAGUGAGCAAGCUUCGCCAAAAGGUAUAUUGAGACGUGAUGGAAAAGAGAAAGGUAAGGGUAUCGCUUGGGCUGAUAAUUCUACUGAUUUUGAAGAUGGUGAUUUGUCUUCAAUGGGAAAGACACUUUCAUUUAAUCAAAGAGCAGAUCAAGAGGAGCUUAGAAAAUUGCAGGAGAAAAGAGCCAUGCGGGAAGGGCAAUAUCAAUGCCAUGCAACAGAAAGCACCAUUGAGAGAGAGAAUUUGGCGGCGAGGGAGAAAGCGAAGGCCUUGGCUGAGAAGUUGAUGCGCGGUGGAGGUAGUUCUGAGGAUCAAAGGGACCUUAGGGCAGGAAAGUAA